CGCCCUGCCAGCAUGAGCGCCCCGGAUCAAAGCGCCGCCGCCUUCGAGACCCCGUUCCCGGCGCACCUCCCGGAGCCGGAGCGCUAGGGGCGAGAGCAGGACCGGAGCAGAGGACCGCCGUCGGAUCUCCUGAGUUCGCGAGGAAUGGCGAUGUAUGAGGAGCAGCCGAGCGCGCUUUCUCAGGCGGCCGCCAGCGUCCUGGGGCCGAACGCGAGCGACCCCGCGGCUGCCUUCCGGGGGGCGGCCGACGCGCGCUACGCCGAGGCCUCCAACAUCGUGGCGGCGGCCGACUACUACGCCGACGUGGAGCUCGACUACGCGGCGGCGGCCAACCUCACCAACGGCACCAACUUCACGGCCGCCAUCCCGGACAGCCUCACCAACAUCAACAUGACGCAGCUGAUCGCCUACUCGCUCCUGUUCCCCUUCGCCGCCAUCGGGAACCUCAUGGUCUUCGUCGCGCUCUUCCGCAGCCGCCACCGGAAGUCCCGCGUCAACAUGAUGAUCAUGCACCUCUCCCUGGCCGACAUGAUCGUCACCUUCGUCUUCCUGCCGACGGAGAUCACGUGGCACGUCACCAUCGAGUGGGUCUUCGGCAACUUCGGCUGCAAGAUCUACAAGUUCUUCUCGGCUUUCGGCUUCUACAUGUCGUCCAUGGUGCUCGUCUGCAUCAGCCUCGACCGCUACUUCGCCGUUCUCCACCCGCUCAAGGUGAACGACGCGCAGAGACGGGGCAAGAUAAUGCUGUUCUUCGCCUGGCUCAUCUCCGCCGUCAUCUCGCUCCCGCAGAUGUGCAAGUAUCAUGAUCAUCGCCUUAAUCUGCAUAAAGUAAACACAGCUAGAGACGUUAACUCAUGGCGCUGA